CCCAUCGACAAAUGUCUUCCCGGACUUGACUCCAAAAACGCUUUUCUUCCAUUUUGACAAGCUUCAUGUGAGAGGCUUAGUAGGACAAAGGUUUUGGGAGAAAAAAGUCUGGAGUUCCGAAGCCUCAUUUAAUUGCCCGAAUAAAAUAUAAGGGAUGCUGUUAGUAGCGUUCAUUUAUUCCACGUACGUGGCAGCUCGAGUUUUCCGGCGAAGAAGAUGUCGUGGUUCCACUUUGACCGUAGUACUUUUUUUUUUUUCCCAUCUCAUUUCAAUUGAACUCUUGUGCGAGAAAUGGCGGGAUGUGAUUUAGAAUUCAGAAGCACACAAGACACUGCUAACAAACAAACAAACAAGGCAACUAUAGGCUCUCGGCCUUACUGCCGUCUGUCCUUGCAACACCGUAUCUCUCUUUAGAAUUCUUUGACAGCCUUUCCUACUUCCAUAUUAGUGAACCUCAUUACUAUAUGUUUAUAUACAUACUAUUCGUCUUAUCGACUCUCCUCAACGCCACUUACCAGGAGGCUAGCACAGUCCCAGUGAGUAUGAAUGGGCCCGCCGAGCUCCUGAGUCUUCUUUGACCUCCUUCCUUCCUAUCAGCCUUUUUUUUUUUUUCUUUUCCCCAACUACCCUACGGCAACCACUCCCCUGAAUGCCAAUAACUGUAGUAAUACGCUCCACUGGUCAGCACAUGGCAUGGCCAUGCCACCACAUGGUGGUGCCAUGCAUGCAUGUCAGUGGUCUUCCUGUACCCUCGAAGUGUUGACUCGUCUCAUUAUUGUCCUCACAACCUGACCUCGUUUUUGUACUCGUAGAGGCGCCCUAGAGCCGUCAUUUCCUGCAAAACUCUACGUGGAACAAGUAGGGAGUGAUUCAAGUGAAUUUGUGGUAUGCUACCGAACGAUUCUUGUAGGCGAUCUACACCCCAGCCGUUCCCAUGAAGAAGCCUCACCUAAAAUGUCUCUGUUCUCUGGUUGCUGCGACCUAUUCCACCACUUCCGAUAUCCUAUCUUAACCAAAUCAAUCACGAUUCGGAUCAGUUAGUUGAGAUUCACGUACCCUUGCGACACAAAAAAGUAAAGUUUCUGUGAGAGAAUUGGAGUCGAUAUUUUUCUCGCUUUUCUUGGGGGUUAUGAUGGAUCCCAGACGUCGAUCGGAUUGCAAUGCCCCACCCAUGGCUGAUCUGUCCCACACACGAGACAGUUAGACAACAGAGAUUCCAGUGCGGCAGAGGAGGUAUCAAAACAGAAUGGAGUCAUCCGGCGCCGACUCCUCCUCCUCCCCCUCCCCUCCGCCCCCCGUCCAACGGGUCAACCUUGCCCCAAGCUGCGACGACGCGCCACCUCCUCCGGCCACUUCACUUGGCCGCGUCAAGCUUAUGGUCAGCUACGGCGGCCGCAUCCAGCUCCGCCCUCACGAUAGCAGCAGGCUCUCCUACGUCGGAGGUGAGACCAAGAUCCUCUCCCUCGACCGUUCCGCCCGCCUCCCCGCCCUCCUCACCAAGCUGGCAUCCCUUGCCCGCUUUUCCGCCCCUCUCUGCCUCAAGUACCAGCUCCCCGGUGAGGAUCUCGACGCCCUCGUCUCCGUCAUCGACGACGGCGACCUCGACCACAUGAUGACUGAGUACGACUGCCUCUGCUGCACCUCCUCCUCCUCCAAGCCGUCGCCCCGCCUCCGCAUCCGCCUGUUCCUCUUUCCCGUGUGGCCCCCUCCCCCGCGCCCCUCUGCCGCCCUUCUCGUUACCCUCAACCCCGUCCCCGCCCACCCUCCUCCUCCUCCUGCAACUCCAAUUGUGCCGGAGGCCUCGCCGAGCCCUGACUUCCUUUUCGGCCUCGACCAGGGCUUCGUCCCUGCCCCGGCGGUGAAGGUCACCACAGAUCCUCAGCAGCGGCCACCGUUGCUAGAAAGCCUUCCCCUCUCAAAGCCCGAUCUGACCAAGGAUGACCCCGAGCAGCCGAUCGGGAGUGGUGCUGAUACCGUCGCCCCCGCCGUUGCCGUGGUCUUGGCAGGGGAGAUCCAAGCACAGAUUCCGGAGCUACAAACGCUAAAUAUCGCCGAGAACGCUCGGCCGCCGAUUCCACGCAACAGCAGCGAGGAGACCCUACGUAAGAUAAGCCCCCUGGAACACCAUGUUUCAAGAGCGCCUGAGAAGGCAACACCGGCGCCACCACCCUCCCCAGCGUUGUACUGGCUGGAGCAAAGCGGAGCGACGUCGGGUGGCAGGUACACCUCUUUGGCUCCCGGCGUCGAUCGGACGGUGUACCUAGUCCCGGCAUCACCGGCGGUCUACCCAGGGUUCUUUCCUACGGUGCGUAGUGUGGUACCAUCGGAAGCCUACAACGAGGCGCCGGCGAAGGUGGUGGGAGGCGUUGGCGGUGCAAUGCCGGGCCCGGAGGUCUAUGCAGGGGGGCAGUUGGCGUACGGGCGGGUGGUCUACUACCCCAGCGUGGCGCCCACGUUUCCGACGGUCACGAGCGUUGCCCUCAAUCCGGCCGAUAAAACCGUGAAACCUUCAGCUUGAUCGAGUCAAAAAAACGAAAGAAAAGUCUUCUCCUUCCUUUUUCUUUUGUGUCUUCCUUUCAUAGUUUUUGUUAGUUUACUCCUACGGGUUUGCAGUCGUCUAUGUUCGUAAAUAUGCACGAAUCGAUGUUAGUAGAGGUGGGUUUUUAUAUUAGUCAUGAGUUAGAUGGGGAGUACGAUGGGUCCGUC